UCGACAUUAAUAUACGGUCUAGUUUAUAUUAUAUUUCAAUUAUAUAAAUUCCUAAAAUAAUAUUAAAGAAUCCGCCAUGUUGAAAAAGUAAUAUUCAUCGUUCCCCCCGGAAUCGUGAAUGUCAUGGCGAGAGUUCGAAAGCCUUCGGUUGUCUUGCGUUUAGCUCUCUAUGGCUGCCCAAAUAGACCGUUUUUUCAUAUUGUAGCAGGGAAAAGAAGAGCAGCUAGGAAUAGAUAUAUAUACGAACAGGUAUGGGAAGUGUAUGCUUCAUAUAUUUUGAACAUGUGUUUUGUACGAGGUUUUGUAGACUUUGUAUAAUAAUUCCCUUUCCAAAUAGUGUUUAUUAACUCCCCCCCGGCUAGGUUACCUUUACAAAUUUCAUAUAACAGUUUCCAUACAAACUAAUAUUAAUGCCCCAGAAAUUUUGCAAGUACAUCGGAGCAGGAGGGUGUAUAAAAACAAAUUGCCUGUAGUAAUUGUUGAAAAGAAGAUUUUUGAGUGUAGUUGAAAAUUAGUUUUGUUGUAGAAAUUUAGUUGUCCCAUUUUUUCCUAGCUUGGUGUGUAUGACCCAAUGCCAAAUGAACACAACGAGAAAGUUGCCACCCUGAACAUUGAGCGAAUAAAGUAAGUAUGACAUUUAUAAGAUGAUGUUCAUUUGCCAUAGGCAUAAUUGGUGUCUGAACUACAAGAAAAAGAUUGAAAUUUUGAGUGAAGAGGCUGUUCAAUUUGCAAACCUUCACUCCCAACCAUGGAGGGCUUUUGGUCUUUUUCCAGGCAGUUGAGGCACAGACUAUGUUAUGUCAAAUUUGUUGUAUUUGCUGUGAAACAAUUUUUGCCUGAUUUAGAUACUGGCUAGCUCAUGGGGCCGAACCAAAAAAAUCUGUUGCAGUUCUUUUGGGAUUGGUAAGAAAUGUGUCCAGUUUAUGCACAAUACUACAUGAAAAUAACAAAUUUCCAGUUAUUUUUGUUGACAUGUUUCCUUGUUUAAAAGUUGGUGAAUGUUUUAGGCUGGAAUUCUUCCAGUUCAUCCGUACAGUGUUGAAGUGGCCAGGCGGAACAGAGAGAAUCCUGUAACAGAUUCUGGACAGGAUAGUAUCACUGAGGAUACAGAGGAACAGGAGGAGUAGAGAAUGAAACAUAAAGAGCUACAAUGAAGGAUGUGUGGGGCAAAGUUCUCUAACACUUUCUGCAUAAGGAGACUAAAGGGGCACUAAAAUGUCUGUACUAGCAAAGGAAAGACUGAGAAAUUUUGGAUUGUUAGAAAGUUGUGAAGCAAUUGUCUGAUAACAUAUUUUAUAAGAGAAUUUAUUAUUUCCCCCAUUUAUUUAUACAUUUUAAUGUUUAGCUAGACAUUAUCUAAAUGUAACUCAAAUUGAAAACUAACUAAAUAUUAGCUACAAAUUACAUACAUAUUUUUCAGAAAAAAAUAUUCAAUGAUUUAACAGCCUCGCACAGUGUAAAGGCUUAAUUAACCUAAAUAAUGAAACUAAAUAAACAUUUACUAUUUAUAAUUAUUAUGUUUUAAAUUUUUCUUCAAAGCUUUCAAAUUAUGCUCACCAGACCACAUUGUCUUGAAUAUAGACCUGAAAAUAAGAAAAUAAAAA